AUUUUUCUUAGUUUAUAUAAAAGGUAACUGUAUUGUUUGAACCAUGUCAGUUGUGUUGCAAAAUGUAUUGGAUCAUCCUUAUCAUUGUAGCUGUAGCCGCAGCAAAUCAGCUGCAACCCCUAAUAAUCUCGACACCAUCAUUUGACAUUUUGCCCCCAAUUGCACACCUCGAAGCCCAAGAAACAGUUUUUCACCCCUUUGCAGUGCUGCCUUCUCAAUCCUACCCCAAUGUGGUUUCGGUUACUCCAAAACCUGUACGAAGAAUACAAAAUGUCGCGUCGUCCACCAGUAAAAAACCAUCUUUAAGUGUUUAUAGUGUAUCGCCAGCAAAUUCAUAUUACGAAGAAAAAAGCAAAUUUGUCGUUCCUUCCAGCAAAUACUAUACUUAUGGGAACGUCAUUCCUAUUUUGCAUUCAAGUUAUGAUAGCGAUUCAAAAGGAAAUUACAAAUUUGGAUACCAAACUGGUAACGAAAUCUACCAGCAAGAGAUUGGACGUGUCAAAGACUCAAAUAGCAUAGAAAAAUCAGGCGGUGUAUCAUACAAAUCUCCUGAAGGCAAAACGAUUACUUUAAACUAUAUCGCCGACGAAAAUGGAUUUCGCCCAGCAGGCGACCAUUUACCCACGCCACCCCCGAUCCCAGAAGCAAUACUGAGAAGCAUCAGAUACAACGCCUUGAGAAAAUCCCUCGACGACGGUCAGUACCAACCUGACAAAUAUUCCGAUGACGAUGGGCAGUAUCAUCCGGAGCUUUAUGAAGCUGAAAGAAAUUUCGAUUUUGAACCUGUUGGUAGUGGGCAAGAGCUGAUUCUUACGUAUACUCUGCCAGAUAUGUUAACUAAGGAUAAUUUGAGGAAGAGGGCUGAUAAUGUUGUACCUACCGAUAUUUGGUUUCCGAAAUAAAUACAAUUAUGAUUGAAUGAA